CAGUCUCCGGCUCCCCAUUGGGUGGCCGAACAGCCAGGGAGCACCUGAUUUGCAGACUGCAAGAGCUGUCAGGCUCAGCAGACGCAUGGAGUAAAUAGAAUAUGCAUUCCCGACUAAAUAUAACUCUUGAGAUGUGUGCUGGGAGCAGCCUGGUGUCUCUGAUUCAAUGCUCUCAUUGUAGACACCAGGAAGAUUAGAACAGGGAUAUAUUAACUAUUUUUCCUCUUCUACGAAAGAACACCCCAAAAAACUCUGCAAGAAAUCCGUACUCUGCAUUUUUGAGGGGUGGGUUCAACGAAAAUGCCAGCACAACAGCGUCGGGUCAGACCGCGGGACAGGAAUAAUGUUCUUGCUAGACCAGAAUUCAUGUCUCUCGGUCAGUCGUUGCCGAUACUUCAGGAGAACCGAGGACCCAACAGAAAACAAAGUGGGCAAACUGGCAACUCUACUGAGGGGGCCAAGGAACGCCGACAAAGCCAGCAGCUCCCGGAAGAGGACUGCAUGCAGUUGAACCCGUCUUUCAAAGGCAUAGCCUGGAGCUCUCUCAUGGCUAUCGAUAUCGCCAUGUCCAAAAGGUUGGGUGUCUGUGCAAGCACUGGAUCUUCUUGGGGAAGUGCUCGUUCCAUGGUCAAGCUAAUUGGAAUAACCAGCCAUGGCUUCCCUUGGAUUGGGGGUACUAUUGUUUGUUUGUGGAAGAGUAACACAUUGGCAGGGCAAGAGGUCCUGACAAACCUGCUACUAGCUUUGUUCCUGGACAUCCUGACAGUAGCCGGACUGCAGAAGCUGGUGAAGCGUCGUGGUCCAUACGAUAUGACUCCUGGAGUUCUGGACUAUCUGCUCCUCGAUGUCUAUGCUUUCCCUGCUGGACAUGCAAGUCGAGCCACAAUGGUAUCGAAGUUCUUCCUCAACCACUUGGUGCUUGCCAUUCCCAUACGCAUUUUGUUAGUUUUAUGGGCCUUCAUGGCCGGAUUAUCCCGUAUAAUGAUUGGCCGGCAUCACAUCAGUGAUGUUUUAGGAGGAUUUGUGAUUGGGUAUUUGCAGUUUAACUUGGUGGAGUUUAUUUGGCUUUCAUCGAACACUUGCCAGAUGAUAACCUCUCUAUGGUAACUCAGUAAAUGUAAAACAGGUGAAACUCAUCUAAAGAAUAAA